CGGGACGGCUGCCCAGUGAAGCCCCGGGAAUGGAUUCAGAGAGUGGGCCCCAUGUGGGCAGGACUGGUCCCACAAGAUGUCCUCAGAGUGGGCAGCUCCUCAAAACAAGAAGACGCACCCUUUGAGGACACAAUGCAGGUACAGCUCUAGAAUUCUCCACUCUAGAACCUGCCCCUCUUCUCCCAGAGCUGCCCCCCCUGCCCCGUCCAGAGCUGUGCCAGCCCCCGCCCUGAGCUUGCAGCCCCAUCACUCCCUGCCUCUGCCACAGUCCCAGCAAGUCUUCAGAAGGGUGGCUGCUGCCUCAAGAGGGACUCAGUUCCCACCCAGCACCCCCUACCACCCUGGCCCCUGCCCUCUGACACAAGUCAGGUCUCAGCUGUGCUCCCCAAGACUGGUGAAACUGGACCACCACGCCCCCUUCCAUGCACUGCCCUCCGAGAAGGGCAGCAGCAGGCAGACGCUGGAUCAGAGAACCUUCACGGAGCAGGUGUGUGAGUGCAAGGACAAUGGCUACCUGCUCUCCUCCAAGAAGAUCGGUUCUGGGGCCUUCUCCAAGGUGUACUUGGCUGAUGCCACCCACGAGCGCAUGCACCACAACCCCAAGCUGUCCUCCGACCUGCAGGGCAAGCGCCACACCAUGGUAAGACAGGCUCACCUCCCUCCCCAAGGGGCUCCAGUGCCCCCCAGCAGGCCCUUCCGUGUCCAAACCCACUCAGGCACCAUCCAGCUGCUCUGGCUUCCUCCGCCUGAGACUCUCCCCAGUCCCAUUUCCUCCCCAGAGGCCUCCCCGGGGCUCCUGCAGGCUGACCAUCCCCUGUUCCCAAACCCCUUGAACACAGAGUACUUGGCACAGGAGGGAGCAGAGAGGUCAUCACUGCCCUCCAAGGGCACUGCUCACCCAGCGUCCCCCCUGAGGAUUCCAGCAAAGUGUAUAAAGGACAGGGGCCUGCCCUACCACAGCCAGCCCCUCAAGGGCCAAGUCUCACACAGCAAGCGCCCUCCACCCUACAGAUAGCUAUCAAGAUCGUCUCUACAACCGAGGCCCCGGUGGAGUUCUCCCACAAGCCCCUGCCCCGUGAGAUCUCUGUCACUCAGCGCUACCUACGAGCACCUGAACCUGUGGGCAGAGGCCUGGACACAGCCUGUCCCCACUCUCCGCCUCCCCAAGGGUAGCUCUCCCCAGCCAGCUGCCUGCCCCAGGCCUAUCGCCCCCUCCCACCUUGGACCUCCCUUUCGCCCCAGGGCUGGAGCCCAGCCCCAUCCUGAAACCUGUAUCUGGUACCCUUGACAGUUCCAGCACACCCUUGGCCCUGCCUCAGGGUGAUGGCAGGUGUGUGGGCUGCAGGUGCAGCUGUAUGAGACCUAUCAGAGCAGCCAGCUCGUGCUGGGGCUGGUGGCCUGGGGCGACUUGCUGGAGCACAUCAACGCUGCAUUGGAUCACCUCUGCCGCCCAGGGCCGGAGGAGAAGGAAGCCCUCGGACUUUUCUGGCAGCUAGUUAGUGCCAUGGCACACUGCCACAGCGUGGGCAUCGUGCACCAGUGAGGGCAGGGCCGACUGUCUGCCCACAUGCACAGAGAGGCCCACUUGAGCCCAAGCCAGCCCCACCUCCUGCCUCCCCACUCCCAUGCAGGGACCUGAAGUGCGAGAACAUCCUGCUGGAAGACCACGGCCUUCUCAAGCUGACCAGUGAGCCCACAGCCCCCACCCUGACCCCCAGCCUGGGGUUGAAUGCCUCCACAUGCAGGGGCCCACACCCCACGCUUGUCCCAGCCAGGCCCCUGCCUUCAGCCCUCCCAGAAGGCCUGCAGGCCACCCUUAUCCUCGGGCCUGAGGCCACUGGCCUAACCCCCACAUGUGCCCCCAGAUCAGGCCCACCUCAUCCACACCCACCCCCUUGCUGUCGGCUACACACUGCAUGCAACCCCACAAACCUCCGCAGCCAUCCCUGCAGACUGGCGUCCUCAAGUCCCUCUCCCUGCACCCCUGCCCCUCAUGCAUAGUGCCACCCUCCCCCACGCACCUCUUACAGAUUUUGGCUUCGCCAGCUGCAUAGGGCCCAGGAACUCACUGCUCAGCACUUUCUGCGGCUCCCCAGCCUACACAGCCCCAGAGAUCCUCAUGACAGCAAGUAUAGCGGGGAGUGGGCCGACCUGUGGAGUCUGAGUGCCCCCAGGGCACCCCAACCCUGUGGCCAGGGCCCACGGGAGGGCUACGGAGGGGCCACACCCUUAAGAGCUCAUGCCCCCAGAGGUGUCAUCCUCUAUGCCAUGGUGAGUGGGAAGCUGCCCUUCAAGGAGCGCUAGCCCCACUGCAUGCUGCACCUCAUGCACUGCGGUCCCACCUUCUGGCCAGGUCUGUUCCCAGGUGAGCACCACCCCAUCACCCUCCCACACCUAGCUCAGGCCUAGAGAGCAGCAGUGAGGGAGACCUGGACUCCCAGGAGGGUAGUCCGGCGUGGUGGAAGAGACUGAAUCUGGCAUCCUCCCCACUUAGGCUGGGAAGCGUUUGGUCCACGCACGGCAGUGACAAGUGCUGGGGAAGCUGGGCUGUGGAGGACCUGACUCAGAAUGCAAUUCAGGAAAGGCAGUGGCUGCGAACCUGAGCUCUGCACUAGUCCAGGGCACACUGCCUUGCCCCUCUAUGCCUCAGUCUCCCCACUGGUGAAAGGACUGACCCCUCUAAGCUGCUGGCACUGCUGGCAGUGAUGUGCAUGGGGUGAGGGUGGGUGCCGGAGGUGGUGAGAGGCUGCAACCGUGAGCUCUUGCCCAGUGCCAGGACUUGAUUCGGGGGCUGCUGUAGCUGCACCCAAAUGCAUGCCUGGGCCUGCAGCAGGUGGUUGCACACUGCUGGAUGCUGCCUGCAGCGAAUACGCUCUUCCUCAGUGCUGUGCCAGGUGUAGUGUGGCCCUGUGGGUGAGCAACUGAGCAGCACGUGGUCUCUCUGCACUCCACCUGACCCCACCGUGGCCCCUUGCAGAGAAGCAGGUGCAGUCCCAACUCCCAGCAUCCGUGGAUGACCUGGAGCCUGGCACAGACUUAAGAGUGCCAACAGCCAGUCCUGCAGCUGCACUGCCCCCAGCAGGGCAUCCCCAAGGAGAAUGUGGGCCCUGAGCUCAGGCCUCCAGAAGCGCACCCCAGAAGAGGGGUGGGUUCUGCCCAGCUGGUGCU